GAUACAGGAAGACAUCAAUAUUAAAAAAGAUAGUGCAGUAAAUUGAUUUAUCAUAUGCUAUUCGCGCUGACAAAAUGAAACUCACUUGUGUUGUUAGUGUUCUUUGUUUACUAAAAUAUCAAAAUGUGUUCGGAUCGGAGCCGAUUUGUUCAAGAUUUGAUUACGAAGAAAAAUUGUUAAAAAAACUAGUCGAGAUGGAUGCAACUAUGUCACGGAUGCAAGACCGAUUGACAGAACUAGAAGACAACGUGGCAGCCUGCAAGUGCGGCGUACAGGGAGUUGCCUUCUAUGCUUACCUUAGCGCCAAUGUGUGUCCGGGGGUUCAUCAGAUCCUCGUUUUUGAUGUCCUGGUGACCAAUGUGGGGAAAGCUUACAACGCCCAUGACGGCGCAUUUGUUGUUCCCGUGAACGGAACGUACGCAUUCGCCGUGUCACUUUUCUCUCAGGGGAAAAAAUACGUCGGUGUUGAAAUUGUCGUCAACGGUGACGUCAAAGGUGAGGUUUUCGCGGACUCCCAAGAGAUCAAUGACGUUCAUUCUUCAAGUGCGUCAGUUGUCGUUGACGUCAACGUGGGAGACCACGUGUAUGUACGUCGCGGUGCCGACAGCACGUGUGGCAUACUUAGCCAAGCAUCACGUGGUCGAACCUAUUUCUCUGGAUGGCUUUUGAAAUAUUAAAAAGAAAAAUGCUUUGAUAUGUUGAACAGUGGUAUGCAUUUGACAUAUCACAUUGACAACGGACAUAAAUAGCUGUUGGGCAAAUGACUAUAGCGUUGAUGCAGAAUGGUAUGGAACACAACAUUUGUAUGAGUGUAUAAUCUUAUUUUUUUUAUAUGCCUAUCAAAUUCCUUUUCCAUAUCCAACAGUGAAAAUACCGCACGCCGUAUUGAAAAAUCCGUAUCAUGAAACUGUCGUUUUCUGAUUCCGUAUCAUGUGAGUACCGUGUGUAGUCUCGGAACUACUUUCGCGUUGCUAACAAUAGGAUGACAAAAGAAAACCUGGUUUAAAUAAAUGAUCUAACUUAACUCACGCUCCUGAAGCAUUUAACUUUUUAGGAACAUGGUUCUCAGGUUCUUCAAAUGACCAUGCGGAUAAGCACAAAGCAGAGCACACUUCCAAUCUAUCUAGACAGCUACUUUACUCUUUAGUUCAGUGAACUAGUUGUUUGCCAUUUCGAAGUUCAUAAAAUGUUGCAAUAUCCAUGUUUAGUAUCAUAAAUAUGAGCAGCUCGCCAAUACAAAGAAGAAAGUGAAUUCUCGUCAUCGAUUGAAAUAGCGAUUGAAUCACGAAUUUCCCUCAAUUCUGCAUAUAAUGAUCGUCAAAAAAUCCCAGUAUUAUGUACUUUGUUAAAAAUGGCCGCGUUACGUCUACAGGAACUGACGAUUAGUGUAUACUCGUAAAAUAAGUACCUUUUGUGUGUGUGUGUGUGUGUGUGUGUGUGUGUGUGCGCGUGUGUGUGUGUGUGUGUGUGUGUUUGUGAUGUGAAAUUUAAUUAUUGUUUCCAUAUUAGCAGUUUGUUAAUUUUGCUAAGACAUAAAAUAUUUCGUUCUUAUUUUGCUCAAUAAAGUGAAUUCUGUAA